CAAGAACCACAUUAAAAUAAGUAGCUGUCUGAAACCGAUUCUCUCAAGACCCGGAUCACAGCCUACGUCCCGCGCAGCAGCAAAUUGCAAAAUGGGUUCCAGCGCCAAAAAGAAGAAGGAGAAGCAGAAGGACUUCCAGAAACCUAAGCUCCGCGUCGGAAAGGCGAAAGCUAAGCCGGAGAAUUUCACCGAUACGAGCUUUAAAUCUAAGGGAAUAACCCUAACCCAACAAUCCCUCACCCUCACCGCCCCCACCACCAACACCCAAUUCACCUCACACCUGUCGCACGUGACCUCCAAAUCCGACGCCCAGCGACGCGACUCCCUCGCCCACCUAACAAGCUACCUGCAGUCAAAGCCCAGCACCACCCCGCUCCCCACCCCCGUAAGCACCCUCCUGCCCACCCUGUCCCCCCUGAUCCUCGACGCGAGCAGCUCCGUCCGCACAAACCUGCUCAAGCUGCUCCGCGCGCUGCCCGCCGGCGACGUCGCCGACCACGUCGUGCAGCUGAUGCCGUACGUCCGCGCCGGGAUGACGCAUCUGGCGCCCGACAUCCGCAUCACGGCGGUGGAUGUGCUCUCGUGGCUGCUGGGGAUCGCGGGCGAGGAGGUCGUCGGGUGCGCUGGGGGUUGGAUCAAGACGCUGAACUGUUUCCUCUCCGUCUUGGGCUGGCAUACCGAGGAGUCGGCGAAGUGGUCGGCUAAUCGCGCGGCGUUUGGUAAGGCUGGCGCUAAGGGGAAGCCCAUGGUGAGGGUCGUGGGGGUUUUGGGGGAGUUUUUGGGCGCGGGUAUUGGGGAGGGGAGUGGGGGUGGGGGUGGGGAUGGGGAUGUGGGGAUGAUGGAUGGGGAGGGAGAUGGGGCUGCGGUUGGGUUUCCGGUCGUGCAGACCGAAGUGCAUAUGGUUGCUAAGGCAGCGCAGCCGUAUGUAUAUUUGAAUUUGUUUGGGUCGCCGAGAGAUGAGGAGGGGGAGAUGUACGAGACGAGGGAGGAGAGGUGGAGGGUGUUUCAGGGACGGUUUUUGGCUCCGGUCGAACGGGGCCUGGAGAGUGCGAGGCAGGAGGGGGGAGAGGUGGGGAGGGCGUCGAUGACAGUAUCGAAAGUGAUGAAGGAGGCUGUGGAGUAUGGGAGAGGGGUUGGGUUUGAGGCUUGA